AUGUCGUCCUCCCUCACCUCCUGCUUCCCCUGGGGCAGCAAGCGGCGGCGCGACCCGAACAAAAUGCAGCUGACGGUCGAACUUGCGAACAAGAUCGAAAAGGCGUUCGACAAGGUGGAUAUUGACAAAAGCGGCGAGGUCGAGUAUGACGAGGCGCUCCGGAUGUUUUCGCGGUUCAAAAUAUGAGAGUGCACUUCAGUAUCCCCCCCUCUUUCAUUCGAAGAGCAUGAGCAGCAAGAACACAAGCAAUGGCACAAAUGUGGCUUCCGCAUGACAAAUUUCGUGCACACGGAUUGUAGUGCUUACCCUUAGUUGCUCCGAAAUUUGUCAUGCAUACAGUGCUUAAGGUCAAGCAUAAGCCCAAUCUGUCUCUGUGAAUCUGCUAUUAAUUUGCACGAUAAAUGAGGCGAGGGAGAUCUUCAUGUGCACCCUCAUACAGUGGGUUGGCCGCCAACAAACUCCUGGAGGACAUGGAUCUCGACGGGGACAAAAUCAUCACCCGACAGGUAUCAAGUGCAAAUAUGUCUGGAUCUGGAAAGAAUGGAAUUUCUGAUGCUGUCCGUGGAUUCGAAAAAAAUCUGUAUUGCAUGACCAGCAAGAGGAGUCUAGUUUGUGCUACGCGGGGAGGGCAUUUGUCAUGCGGUGUAGGCAUCAGGAAGCCCCCUGAAAAUCUGUGAUGCUAGGUCGUGCAUUACACGCAUCACGGGCCAUGCAAAAAAUGCAUGACAAACCAGGCAAUCUUCCAGACCCAGACAUAUUUGCAGUUGAUACCAGGAGUGGUUCCACUAUUUCAAGCGCGUCCUGUGCUUCCAGAACCACAAGGGCGAGUUCCUCUACUCGGAAGGGGAUUUAUCAGAGUGUACAGCUCCCUCUCCCCCUCACUUGUAGUGCAAAAUCGCAAAUCCAGUUGCUGCCUGGUGGCGCUGUUUCCAUUACAAAUUCUGGAAGCCCAAACAGUACUACACUCAGCGCAUGAACUUGUCAUGCGCAGCAUCUACAUGUAUAGGGUGUUUGUAUUGCACUUCAUGCUAUAGCCAUAUUACAAAUAAGGGGGAGAGGCGGGAGAGCUGUGCACUCUCAUACGAUUUGCACGACGAGCUGGACCUUUUUCUGGAAGGGGAGACCUGCGUGCCCUUCAGUUUUCAAGUCCCCCCCGUCGCCGGGCCGAUUGCGACCGUGGUGCAGCACCAGCAGAGCAGCCCGACCGGAAACUCCUUGCUCACUCGGGGAAGUGUAUCGUGCCGGAAAUUGCUAGCAGACCCUCAUGAAAUACAUUGAUUUCUGUAGAAAAUGAAGACUAGUAACUCGUAAGUACUUCGUUCUUGAUAGGGUUGUGGCGCCAACAAGACUUCUUGCUCAACAGCAGGCAUGCGAAAGACCGAGCUCCUGAGCCCGGCGGUUUGUUUCUGCAUGAUGCAUGUUAGACAUGUCAGCUUUUUUCACCACGAUACUACGCUCGCAGCCUGAAGAUGAACGAAGACGACUUGGUGCCGGUCCAAUGCAGCCGCAGUCGUGAGGAAGACAAAACUACAACAAGUGCUGCAGUAGAAAUAAAGCCAGCUAACCUGCUUCAAUCGGGGCCGUCGGACAACAAUAAAGCCACGCAGGGAAGCACUAGUAUUUCGAACAAAACCACAACUUCCAAUAAGAACACGACGGAAGAAAUCACCGCGAACGCCACAGGAAAAAUAAACGCGGAAAACAAGGGUCACGACAGCACGACGCAUUCAACAAAUGGGGAUCAUGAGAAAGAAAAGAAGGGCUCUAGUAGCACUUUCGACGGGGUAGAAACGACCUGCAACAACGACCCAACACUGCUUUCCGACAACGACGAUAUGGAGGAGCGCAGCGGCAACAAGAUCGUUACCUUGCUGCACAGCAUCUUGCCGUCGGCCGCAAACUUCAAUGCGGGGACAACUACCGGAACCAUUUUGGGCAGCGCGUUGGGAGGGGGAGUCGCAGCGGCGGCGAGUAGUAGCCGGAGUUCGCGAACUUCGAAGGACAAGUUGAACGGGAGUGGCGGCCUCGUAUCCUGAGCAAAAACGUCCUCACCCCAUAGUCAAGUUGGUACAUCUGCAACACAAAUCGCCAAGCUUUGGGAGGUGUGCAUGACAAGUUUCCGUCUGUCGUAUAGUGGCGCUUAGCAAGGCAGGCCGCAUGAGAAAGCCAGUUUCUCAUCCUAUUCACAGCAUAACAAAUGCUACAUCACGAUUGGAAAUGCUUCUCAUGGAGAUGCGCAUUACAAAUGUUCCUGUCAUUGCGCAUUUGCAUUACAACUCUGGGGUGGGGACGUUUUUGCUGAGGAUACCUCGGCGGGAGUAACCAGCAAAAUCACGUCGUGCAAAACGACGAGUUAUUCGUGCUGGAGCAACAACGCCAGUGUAUGAAGAAGGUGAUGUGACGAGAAGCUUCGUCAUAGAUAAAUAGAGUUCAUUAUCAUUUUUAGCGCAGCAUUUACAGUGGGUUCUUUGCGGUGGUGAUUGUCCUCAGUGAACAAGGGCAGUACAACAUAAAACUUUUUCAAACCUUGCCUUAUUAGCCUAGCAACGUCUACCUAGAAUGGAGCUGGAACUACACGAGUAGGAAAUGCGCAGCCAUCAAGAUGAUUUAUUUUUGCAUAUGCGGAGUAGUGGCGGAAAGAACUGCACAAAGCCGCAAGCAGACAGAGUAAGUGGCAGAGUGAAGUAGAAAUAAGUUGGAGAUUGAACAAUUCAAGUAAAACGAUCUUUUUCGGCAAAACUGAUUGUCAGGCUCUGGUUGUCUCUGACCAGUGACAGUGAGCAUAUCUACUACUUGCACAGGGUCUUGUCCUCGUUCUUCAUCUUUGAUCGUGGAUCAUUAUCCUCCACCUCGUCGUAAC